CUUGUUUCACUUUGGCUGAUCUGAAAGUAUGAAAACCCCCUAAACCAAAGAAAAAGCUCAACUGAAUGUUGUUUUCUACAGAUACAGGAGUGUUUUCCUCUUGAGUCGUUGCAUCUUCCUCUGAAGAACUUCAGUACUUUUCCCGCACCAAAGCUUCGGGGGUUUCGGAGGCCAAGCGGCUACUAAACCAUGAUUAAUGGUGGAGGUGUAUCAGCAACCCCCAUCCCUUAUCUCUUCAGCACACACCGCUCUGCAACCCUGAAGCUCACCUCACACACUAAACCUGCACAGCCAUAGAUUUCACUGCAGAGUGACCAACACUGCAACACACAAACACACACAGACAGACUGGAGGCAGAUAAGAGGAAAAGCAAUUCUGAAGUAAAGCACAAAUGUAUCCUUAAGAAUUAAAAAAUUUAAAUCACCCUCAUACUGGACUCAAAACCUGAAUGCGGAGCAAGCAGCAAGAAAAAGGGUGCCUGUCCCUUUAAGGAAAUUCGACACCGAGGAAACCAAAAGCAAAAUACUUCUGGAGAAAGGGAACUGAGCGAUCCUCAUUCUUCUCACUCCCCCACCAACGAGGAGCAACAACAUCAUGGACCACAAGUUCUAAAUGUGAAAGAUGCACUAAAUGACAGUUAGAUUAGGGAUGAUUUAACGCAGAAAUGUGGUUGCUACCUCCCCAUCAGCCCAUCACCGCAACUCCAUCAUCAACUGCAAAGCCAACAAUCCGUGCACAUAACUUUUCUUCACAGGCGUCCAGAAAGUGACGGUUUCUAACUGCAGAAUGUGAGACAGCUGCCUGUUCAGCGAUAUAAGAAGACCUCACCAGUGUAGGAAAUUCUGAUGUCAACAAUCAGAAAUGGCAUCUGGCAGCAGUCUCUUCUCUGAGGACCAGUUUCUGUGUCCCAUCUGCCUGGAUGUCUUCACUCGCCCAGUUUCCACUCCAUGUGGACACAACUUCUGCAUGUUGUGUAUCAAAACCUACUGGAACGAUGUGCAAGUCUGUCGGUGUCCUGUCUGUAAUCACACUUUUGAAAGAAGACCGGAUCUCAAGGUCAACACUUUCAUUUCAGAGCUCGCCUCAAACGUCUUGUCGCUUAAAGGUAAAGUUUUUGACACCUGGAGUGCUCAUUCACUGCAGGCCAGCCCUGGAGCUGUGGUGCUAUGUGGCAUCUGUACCGACACGCCGCAAGAAGCAAUUAAAUCAUGUGUGGAGUGUCAGACUUCAUACUGCGACGUUCAUCUGGCGCCUCAUCACCUUGCCCCUGGACUGAAGAAGCACACGUUGAUUGAACCUGUGGCGAGCCUGGAGGGGCGGAUCUGUGAGGAACAUAACAGGCUGCUGAUGUGGUUCUGCAGAGACGACAGCGCUCUGCUGUGUGACGUCUGCUCCAGCUCCCACCACAAGGAGCACUCCGUUGUUCCUGUGGAGCAGGCGUACGACGAGAAGAAGAGCCUGCUGGAGCACACUGAGGGUAAAGUGCAGCGGAUGAUCCAGGAAAGGCUCCAGAACGUCGUGAAAGUGAAGGAAUCAGUCAAGCUAAGCAAGACAGAAACUGAAAAGGUGAUUGCCAGCGGCAUGCAGGACCUAACAGACCUGGUGUCUGAGAUUCAGAGGAGUCAGACAGAGCUCAUCGCGGUCAUUGAGGAGAAACAAAAAACUGUAGAACAAAAAGCAGGAGGGGUAAUUAGUGAUAUGGAGAAGGAGAUCACAGAGCUGCAGUUGACAAGUGUGAAGCUGACUGAGCUAAAGCAGACUAAAGAUCAGCUCCAUUUUCUCCGGCACUACCCAAACUCCUCUGUCCUGCCUCAAACAAUAGAUCUGUUGAAUCUCAGCUUUAACCGACACCUGGAGAUACAACACAUAGGCGAAUAUUUGAGAAACUCCGUCUCCCAGCUGCGAACACUGCUCAAUAAAAUGAAAACAGACAUACAAAAACUGUGCGACAGCUCAGACGUGUCAAAUAAAGCCACACUCAGAUAUAUGCAGCGGUACGAAGUGAACGUCUUGCUGGAUCCGGACACGGCUCAUCCUCUGCUCAUGAUAUCAGACGACUUGAAAGAAGUAAGAUACAGCAUGCGCUCAGGAUGGUGGGCAAACCAAAUCUCGAACCCAAACAUGUUCACUGAGCAUCUUGCAGUUCUGGGAAACAGAAGCUUCUCAUCCCGCAAGCUUUACUUCGAGGUUUACGUGGGUCAGAAGACCGAGUGGUGUCUGGGCAUGGCUGCUGCGUCGGUCCAGAGGAGAGGGUCACUCAGUCGGGAUUCGCGCAGUGGGCUGUGGGCCAUGUGGUUCCUGGAAAAUAAGUUUGAAACCUUCAACUCUCCGGAUGAGCCGGUACACUUUGGGAAAGUGGAGCGGAUCGGGGUUUUCGUGGAUUACGACAGAGGUCAAAUAUCAUUCUGGGACACGGAGGCUGCAACACUUAUUUACUCUUUCUCUGAGUGUUUCUUUACCGAGGAGCUCUAUCCGUACUUUAAUCCCUGUGACAAUGAAUUUGGCUCCAACUUGGAUCCGAUCAUAAUAGUUCCUGUUGGUGAAAGCGAGUCAGCCGGGCUUCAGAGACUCACUCUUUGAAUCAAAUAUAAUAUUUUGUUUGAGUCUUUGUGGGUUAAAAGCCAAGUGCCUUACAUUUAAUGACAUAUAUCCAAUAUGGAGGACGUCUUUAAUAGAUAUUUAUCAGUGAGAUAAUGUGAAUACGUGAGGUUUUCUUGCUAAGUUUGCUAAUCGCCUAUCCAGGUACAGAUUUUUUUUCAGUUUUGUUUGGUUUCUUUUUGCUAUUAAUUAGCUAGAGAAAAAUAGAUCAACAAUUCUAAAGUGUUUCAGCUCCUCGUCAAACUGACACAACAUUCGGGCGGUUUUCUCUCCUCUGAAAAUGUUAAGGUACAAGGACUGAAAAUGAGUGAAAAAUCUUCCAGAAAGUCUGAACAACUAUUGCUGCAGACCACUUUAAAAUUACAAGAAAGACUGGCUCCUUGGAAAGAAAAUAUAAAGAAAUGACGGUAGAAUAAAUACGGUUUUGACAAGUAAAAAGAAAAAGCAAACUGAUAAAAACAGUGAAUGUGGAUCUCAAUACAAAAGUCUCUCAAUGUUUGUUUUAAGGAGGAAAAUAAUAUCCAAACCUUUUAGUUUAGAUUUGCAUUUAAUGACUAAUGAGUUAUUUAUUAUCACAGUUUUUCGUAUAAUAAUUAAAUUGUUUUGUCUAUCACGUUUUGACACAUUGCCAGGCAGCUCCAUAAUUGUCUUAUGAAUGUAGGAUGGUGGCUUCAUCUUAUAAACAGGCAGCAAACAAUAAACACUAAUUCAUUACACUACAAAAAAAAAAAGAAUAAACUAUAGAGGGUUUUUUCCUGGUACAUAUGGUGACGUCAGUUUAAGUGUGAAAGGUUCAAGGCUUGUAACGAGUUCGGCACUUCGUGCACAGAAGAUAUUACAGCAAGUUAACGAGGGAGGACAAUGGGUGGAAAUAAUACAAUUGAGGAUUUAACUGAAAAGAAAGUGGGGCUGUAAAUGGGAGCAACACCUGUGAUUUCAAGUCAAAAUAUGAAUUCACCAGGUGUUCUUACUUAUAUAGCUGACAUGAAAGUACGAGUGGAGUCAGUAAAGUGGUGAAAGGACUUAAAGGAUGUGUUUUUGUAAGUCACGAAUAGAUGCACAUUUUGCAUGUAUUUACGGAUUUGUAGAAAGAAAUGUUGCUGCUGAGUAGUGUAUUCUUUUGUAUGUGUUUUUGGGCACUGUGAGCACUGCUAAAGUAGAUUCCAGUAUAUUAAACAGACACAACAGAUAUAUCCACAUAGCAAGUCAGAGAAAAAAACUGUCCCUUUAAUUUUGAUAUAUUUAAUAUUAUAAAUAUACCUGAUUGAAGAUUAUCUCAUUUAAUUUUCAAGUGUCAAACUGGAGUCAUUAGCUUAUAAUGUGUUAAAAUGAUACAAGUGUAAUUCCCUGACUCAUUGCAAUGGGUUUUUUUUUUUUUGCAAUAUCCAAAUAAAUAAUAUUUGUGAGGAAUGAAAGUCAAAAUAAAUGUCAUUUUUUUGCCUACAA